AUGAUGGUGGCUUUAAAUUUCUCACUACUUCAAGGUGAUUAUAGAGCAGAAGAGAACUCAACUGCUGGAAACUCAAUUGACCAGAACACAGAGGAAGAGGUGCACUUGAACCUGCAGGCCCACCAUAUUCUGAUUGCAUUUUUUCACACUGUUAUUAUCAUCCUGGGUGUCAUUGGCAAUGCUGUAGUCAUUUGGAUUGCAGGAUUUAAAAUGAAGCGCACAGUCAAUUCAAUCUGGUUCUUAAAUCUGGCUUGUGCUGACCUUGUUUGCUGCCUCUGCAUCCCUUUUGUCAUGUAUACUGUUGUUCAUAACCAGCAUUGGCCUUUUGGUUUUCAAACGUGCAGGUUGAUCUAUGGCGUUAUUUACAUAAGCAGUUGCUGUGCUGUCUUUUUGCUCAUGAUCAUCAGUCUGGAUCGCUUCAUUCUUGUGGCCAAACCUGUGUGGUGUCAAAACCACCGUAAGACAUAUUGCGCCAGUCUGAUGUGCUUUCUGGUAUGGGGGCUCUCCUUGCUUCUCAUCCUUCCCGUAUUUAUUUACCAUAGAGCACACAAAGAUCCUUUAAGCCACAAGAUCAUUUGUGCAUUUAACUUCAGCAGCUUCGGUCAAAAUGAACAGGUAUUAGAGUUGGGGAUGAUAAUCUAUCAGUUCCUAGUUGGCUUCCUCUUUCCUUUUGGUUCCAUCUCUGCUUGUCAUUUCUUCAUAUUCUGGCGAAUGAGACAGAGUGGGGAAGGAAUUGGCAAGAGAUCAAAGAAAACAGUGUGGGUGAUCUGUACAAUCGUCAUCACGUUUUUUGUAUGUUGGUUCCCAUACUACAUUGCAAACUUCUUGAUAGGCCACACCUUAUCCACCUUCCAUUCGAACUCCCGCCAGGUGAUCAUUGUCCUCUAUACAAAGACUCUGGUUUACUGCAACAGCUGUCUCAACCCGCUGAUCUAUGUUUGCAUCUGCCAGGAUUUCAAGGUGCACAUGUGCAAAUCCUUCAGGGGUGUGAUGGAGAUCUUCAUGACCGAUGAUCUUCCCUCUCGUUCUGUGACCACCUUCACCCGCACGUCCUUCUCGAUAAAUUAUCAAAUAUCUCAUAUUUGA